AUGCUGCGGCCGAGCAGGAGGAGGCCGGCCGGCAUGCCGCGGUGGGUGGAGCCGCGUCUCCGCCGCCUCGUGGGCACCCGGCGUCACAAGGUGGACGCCGUCGUGUCCAACGGCGGCGGCAACCACUACGCCACAAUCAACGAGGCGUUGGCCGCCGCGCCGCCCCCAGCUGCCGGUGCAGCGUCCGCUCGCCGCUACGUAAUCCAUGUACGCUCCGGAACCUACGACGAGAUUGUCAACAUCACGCGGAGCGACGUCACGCUCAUCGGGGACGGGAUGGGGCGCACCAUCAUCACCGGCGUUGGUGGAACUGGUUUCAUGGCUCGAGAUCUGACGACCAAGAACACCCACCGGGUGGAUGCGGGUCCAGCGGUCGCCCUCAUGAUCACGGCGGAUAGAUCCAUCUGCUACAGGUGGACAGUGGACUUUAUUUUUGGGUAUGCAAAAGCUGUUUUUAAGCAAUGCAACCUUCUGGUCCGCCUUCCGGCGGCGCGUGGCCACUGCGUCGUCACGGUCCAGGGCCGUGACGCGCCCGAUGACCAUUCCGGUCUUGUGUUCCAGGAUAGCACCGUGGCGGCGCUGCCGGGCGUCAACCUUGCCGGGGUGCCCACCUAUCUUGGGAGGCCGUGGAAGAACCAUUCCCACGUCAUAUUCAUGAACUGGUUCCUCGAGGGAAUCAUCCAUCCUGCUGGCUGGAAGAGGUGGGGAGACAACGACCACCUGGACACCAUAUUCUACGGUGAAUUCCAGAAUUGGGGGGACGGCGCCAACACCCAAGGGCGCAUCAACUGGCCGGGAUUCCACAUAAUCAAGGAUGCUGCGGAGGCGGCGAACUUCACCGUCCAGAGGUUUAUCCAGGGCGACGAGUGGCUUCCUGAGUUCGGUUGCCAGCUGCCAGGUCCCAGCUUCGCCGACCAACCGACCUAUUUCAGUGAAGAAGCUUCAAGCAGAGAUCCUUGUGAGCUUCCCAUCCCAAACCUAGCUGCUGCUGAAGAACUCUUGAAGUAUGCUCGUGAAGAGGAUAACAGGAAGAGAAGGUUUAAGAAGAGCCAGCGGGAGCAUCCAGGACCAGCACCUCGCAUAGAAAUUUUCGACGCUCUGGUUCGCAGAUUACGGGCCGCCAGAGGUGAAGCUAGAGUAUGGACGACCUGA